AUGACAGAGUACGUAACUCUAUGUGUCCUCCAAAGCUUUAAGAAGCGAAAGGUGUAUCAUCAAGGUUCUGACUUGGAUUGGACAGGGUGCAGAGUUCAAUCAAAUGUAUUCCAUGUCUCAAAAAAGCGUAAAGUGGGUCAUCUAAAUUCUGACUUUGAUGUGAUAACAUACAGAACUCAAUUGAAUGACCUUCAUACCUCGAAAAAGCAUAAAAUUGAUCAUUUAAAUUCUGACCUGGAAUCAAGUGUUCCCCAGAGGUGGAAAAAGCAGAAGGUGGAUCAUCCAGGUAAAAACAAAGCCAGAUGUGCUGUGAUAGGUUCAACUGUAACAGCCAGCAACGGUAAUCCCAACAGUGAAGAAAACUGUCUUUUAAGAAGAGGUGAAGUGCUUUGCUCCAAGACCAGCAAGUAUAAAGUGUUAGACUUUCUUGGUCAUGGGGGGUUUGGUGAAGUAGUCAAAUGCAAUAAAGUAGGCACCCAUGAGACUUUGGCCAUAAAACUCUUGAAAAACAACUCACUGUUUGACAAAGAUGUAAGGAAUGAAAUCAGAAUCCUGAAAUAUUUAAGAAGAGAAAGAGCAGAUAAAUACAGCAUUGUCAAAGCUUAUGAAUGGUUUCAGUAUGGAAACCAUGCUUGUCUGGUCUUUGAACUGUUGGGCCAGGAUCUCUUCAGCUUUCUACAGCAGAAACCUUUGCCCCUCAAGCACAUUCGGCCUAUCCUACAACAAGUAACAAAAGCACUUUUGAAGUUACACAGUCUUGGGCUGAUCCAUGCUGACAUCAAGCCAGAAAAUAUCUUGCUGGUUGACCCAGUAAGGCAACCAUACAAGGUUAAAGUGGCUGACUUUGGUGUAACAUGCAGGAUAUCAAAGAGAGCAAAAUAUGCAUCCUACAUGGGAACUCCAGAGUUCAGAGCUCCUGAACUCCUGAUUGGUUUACCGUUUUGUGAGGCAGUUGACAUUUGGGCACUUGGUUGUACUGCUGCAGAAGUGCUCAUGGGCUGUCCUUUAUAUCCUGGUGUUUUACAUUAUGAUCAGAUUAGGUAUAUUACAGACACGCAGGGUUUGCCAGAAGAUCACCUAUUGCAUAAAGGGAAGAACACAGACAAGUAUUUUAAAAGGGUCAACAACUCAUGGCAACUUAAGACACUAAAGGAGUAUAAAAAAGAGACAGGGGUGAAGCCAGAAGAACACAGAAAGUAUUUUUUCAAGUCUUUGUCUGAAGUGGUGGAGGUGAAUAUGCCACAAAAGUUAAGGAGAAAUGACCUUCUGAUGGAACAGGCAGACCGAUCUGCAUUUGCUGAUUUGCUAAAGCAGAUGCUUACUAUCGACGCAGCUAAGAGGAUCACUGCUGCUGGAAUUCUAAGACAUUCAUUUCUGAACAUGACUCAUCUACUUCAGUUUUCCAGAAUUUGCACAAAAUGCUGAUGCACAAUAACCACUCAUCAUGGAGAAGCUAUUUUUUUAGCAGAACAAAAUACACUGCUUUCAGCACAGUCAUUGAAUGGUAGCCUGGCUCAUACGACAAGCCAACAACCAACCAGCAGCAAUUCAUCCUCUAAGUCCCUCUAAGGUGGUGACUCUCCAAGUCAAGUUAUUUGUAAACUUCUCUCUAGAAACAGUGGGCAAUGACCACAAACACCACUUUCCUAAUGCAAGAUAUAUGAAAAGAAAUUGUUUGCAAAACUGGCCUUUGUUUUUACAGUAGAGUCAGACUGUCAGAAGACUAAGAAAUAAAAAAGGGUACCAGUGUGUGUGUGUGUGUGUCUGUAGUAUAUGGACGAACAAUCCAUGGCAGGGCUAGCCACCCCUGAUGUGAUGAUGGUAACUACUGAUGGUGCAAAAAUGGGAAAAAGGGGGUUACGGAUGGAUUCAGCAGACCUUUUUCCUUCAGUGAUGGUUUGAUAUAUAUGUGGCUUCUUUCCAUCACUUAGUCUUCUGACAUUUUCACUUAGAAAACUAGUCUUUCUCAACAUUUACAUUACCUAUUACUUGUAGACAGGAGCUUAUGAAUGAAGAUGGCUUGAAGUGCAGCCUACUGUUAUGGUUUUGAGUAGGACUACCUAGAGAUGGAUGAUGUCAUGUUAAUCCUCUGUACAUCGAAUGCGAUUAAAAAGGAAGAGAAAG